CUCACCCACUCUCCCCAGACCUAAACCGCACUCUCUCACCCCGCCCACGGAUACGAGUCUGAUGUUUGGCUCAUUCCUCCCACUUGACUCUCGCUUCGUACUCCGCACAGCCGCACGCUGAGUGAAACUCCACAAACGCACGCGCAGGUAGCCACAGACAGACAAGAAGCUAAGCCGGACAAACGGACUGUUUGAUAGGCAGGCAGACAGGCAGGUAGACUUACAGGCAGCCAGUCACACCGACAUUUGACAGACAAGCACACAAGUAGACGGCUUAACAGGUAGCCCCAGUGUCAGGACUGUCUUUUGACAGGCGUACAAAUAGGCAAGUUAACAUUCAGACUUACAACACGGCCAGACUGACUUUCUGACAGAUAGACUAACAGGCAGCCACACAGACAGACAGGCAGACAGGCUGUCCGUGUGUGUGUGUGUGUGAGAGAGAGAGAGAUUUAGUGAGCGUGUGCGUGACCUAUACUGUUGUAGGCUGCGCAUUACAUUCCUCGGCUGUGCGGGAGAGGUAAAGAGACAGAGCGGCUCGGUUGCGGGUGAGCCAGUCUCUGGCUCUCGAGUGGCUAUGAGGCUGUACCUCGCCAACAACAACAACAACACACAGAACCGCACCGCCCAAGACGAAGUCGGAUCGGAGAGGACGCCAAAGCCGUCGCCUGCCCCGAAUAAACCCGGAGUCCAACCGCCCGUGAAACCCAAACCCCCGCGCCCAUCAAAGCCCCCGUGCCCAGCCGGGACCCCGACGGCCCCCCACGGGACCCCGACGGCCCCCCACGGGACCCCGACGGCCCCCCACGGGACCCCCCCGGCGCCGCUCGCCCUGAGGAGGGAGCUGGAGGAGCUCCGCACGCAGUUGGAGGCGCACGGCAGACAGCGAAGACUUGACGUGGCCCACGUGACGCGGACACUGCAGGAGGGACGCCGCUCGCUGGAUUCGCUGCGGGUGGAAGUGGCUAAGCUCCAGAGUGCCCUCCAGGCGCCGUGAUUGCCCGGGCAGCCCUGGGAGGAGGCACCAACGCAGGGGGAUUUACAAUCUCAGGUCGCACCAGAGAUGUAUCACCUCCGGGGGGUGGGGGAUGGAGGCGCAGGAGAGGUGGGAGGGUUGGUCUCACCAAUAAUUAUCACGUCAACUCGCUAUCGCAGAGAGAGGGGGGGAGGGGGGAACGACUCGGAGGUGCCAGGAGGAGGAACCAUAGACGAGGAGCCAGGAUGACAGCAGCAGCAACAGCCUCGCCACAGCGAGGAGCCGACGACAAAUUCCCACGCUGCCCCCCACAUCGCCUCCCCACCCUGCCCAAGCUCUGCGGUCCUCUAUGCGUCAACGUGCUAUCGGACAAUUAAUGAGGAAACCGGAGCACCCGGAGAAAACCUGUGCGUGCGAGGGGGCAACGCUCGAUCCCCGUGCGGAUGGAAGAAGCAGAUGGAGUUGAUGGCACCACUUGGCUUCUAUCGCCUUCUCGCGGCGAGCUGGCGGUCUGGCGGCAACUCCUCGACGCUCCCCGCGGGAAGGGAGUUUCACAACAACACCAUCUGUGUGUGUGUGUGAUCCAUCAACCCUCGCUGCUGCUGCUGCUGCUGGGUUGUAGGCAGCCACAUACGUGGCCACCUCCGCCCCCGACCAUCGCCAGUGAUUCAUUUAAUCCGGAACGGUGCGGAACGGUGCGUUCGGCGAUUUAUUUUGGCAACUGAACAUCGGUUCUCACAUUUUUUUUAUUAUUACGUAAAAUAACGUGUUCGUACGAUUAUAGGAAUAUCGGGUACAGCAAUAUGGGCUUCGUACGGAUAGGCAUACCUUGCAAUUCUAGUGGUAGUGCCUUACACCAAUAACUCCUUCUUCAUGCCUGGCAGCCAAUCAGCAGCGUCCCCCUACUAAAUGGUUUGCAUGGUCUCCACAAUACUUUGUUUGUUCAAUAUUGAAUAAGAACUCUCUCUCUCUCUCUGUAUCGCUUGCACCCUUGGCAAAGGUAAAGAUCCCCCGUCUAGUCUCAACGGACUGCUGGGGCAAGUGCCGCACCUCCGACCAGCACGGUUGGCUGCGUACGGCGCGAUGGAAGUUCAACGUGCAUACAAGCACGCGUCAACGUGCACCUGCGCAGCUCGACACGGCCUCCCCUAGGUCAGCUCAGCAUUAAAUGCGUACCCGAAUGACCGUCAGCAUUGUGGACGGUGUGGGCCAAGGAGUGGGUGGUGGGGGGGGGGGGGGGUCAGUGGUGUGGGCAAGGAGUACACACAGC